AUGCAAGUGAUGCCGAUACUCAUCGCGGACAACAUGGAAGGGUGCGAGCCGGAGGAGAAGGAGCAGCGGUUCAAGGAGGUGAGGGCGUUCAGGAGGUACGCGCUGUUCUACAAGUCGCUGCUCGGCGUGAACAAGCACACCGAGAGGUCACUCAGUGACGUGCGGCAGAACGCGUACAUGAUGCUGGACGCAGUGCAGGACGCCUUUCAGUCCCAAGCGUCCGCGUGGAACUUACCGAAGGUGCACCAGAUCAUUCAUCUCAUUGACGGCAUCAUGCUCCGAGGGAUGCCGUAUGAGUAUUCAACGAACCUGUGGGAGCACACUCACAAGGGCACUGUGAAGGUCCCCGUGCGCGGGAGUAACUGGAAGGACAUACCCCGACGCAUCGUGGAGGAGGAGGUGUAG